GUAAACUCUGUUUUAGCUAUCUCCAUCAUUGCCUCCUCGUACAACUUUUAACUUGCAAAGCCCUCUCUUUUUUUUCAUCUCCUAUUUCUCUCUCACACCCAAUCUUUGUCUUUGUACUUUUGUCUUCCUUUUUUUAAAUGCGUUUUUGGCAAUCUGUGUUAUCUUUUGAACCUUUAAAAACAGUGGUUAAACUUGAAAAGAUUAGUGCUUUGGCUUUGUGAUCUCUGUUUUUGCUCUGUUUUUUUUUUUUGUUUCAUUUGCUUAUUUUGAAAAUAACCAUGGAGGAGAAAAUGGGUGGUUCCAAUGGUGAAGAUAGUGGGGAGGACCAGUUUCCAGUUGGCAUGCGUGUUUUAGCUGUUGAUGAUGAUCCUAUUUGCCUCAAGAUUUUGGCUAAUCUGCUGUGUAAAUGCCAAUAUCAGGUUACUACGACCAAUCAGGCAAUAAUAGCCCUUAAAAUGUUGAGGGGAAACAAAAAUAGAUAUGAUUUGGUUAUUAGUGAUGUUAAUAUGCCAGAUAUGGAUGGGUUUAAGCUACUUGAACUUGUGGGGCUUGAAAUGGACCUGCCUGUAAUCAUGUUGUCGGCACAUAGCGAUACCAAGCUUGUAAUGAAGGGGAUUACUCAUGGUGCUUGUGACUACUUAUUGAAGCCCGUUCGAAUUGAGGAGCUGAAAAACAUAUGGCAACACGUGGUCAGAAGAAAGAAACCGGACUCUAAGGAUGAACUUGCGGCCCCAAAUCACGAUAAAUCUCGAGGAGGAACUGGAGAAGCUGGUCAAACAUGGGUGGCCUGCAGUUCGGAUCAGAAAGUCAAUAAGAAGAGAAAGGACCAAAGUGAAGAUGAGGAAGAAGAGACUGAAGAUAACGGACAUGAGAAUGAAGACUCCUCGAGCCAGAAGAAGCCUAGAGUUGUUUGGUCUGUAGAUUUGCAUAGGAAGUUCGUUGCAGCUGUCAAUCAAUUGGGUCUUGGCGACCAGGCUGUUCCAAAGAAAAUCCUUGACCUCAUGAAUGUUGAAGGGCUUACGAGGGAGAAUGUAGCAAGCCAUCUACAGAAAUAUAGGCUUUACCUGAGAAGACUCAGCAGUGUUGCAACACAACAAGCAAACAUGGUUGUUGCAUUGGGCAGUAGAGGUCCCUCUCACUUACGUACAGGUUCACUGGAUGGCUUUGGAGAUUUUCGCUCAUUCACUGGACCUAGAAGGUUUUCAAGUGCUUCUCUACCAUCGUAUCAAUCACGUGGAACGUUUGGUAGAUUGAACUCCUCAGCUGCUUUGACCCUAAGCGGUAUUUCUUCUGGUGUGAUUCAACCCGGAAAUUCUGUUAAUGGUCUUGGAAAGAUUCAGCCUGUGGUAUUACCUGCAAACCAGAAUCAAAAUGAAGCUUUGUUUCAAGGGAUCACGGCUUCUAUAGAGCUAAACCAACUGUCGCAGACCAAGUCCACUAAUCACUUUGGAGAAUACAAUUGUGUUAAUGAGCGGAAUGUUUUUCGUAUUUCCUCUAGCUUCCCAGAUGCUAGAGUGGUGGUUGGUAGCUCAAGCAAUUCUCUGUCAACUGCCUCAGGCAAUGCUUUGGUGUUACAUGGAAGCACGCAAGAGGUGCAAUGUAGUGCUGCAUUUGAAAAUCUACCCUCUUUUGGUAUGACAUCACUGAAUCGGGAAUCUAAUGACCUGAGUGUUCGUGGUUCUUUUAAUUGUCUUGAACAUGGUAGAUGCAGUGAGAACUGGCAGGGCACUGUUCAAUUAUCCAAUUUCCCACCAAGUAAUGAGCAGUUGCCGAGUAAUAAUCUGCAAGAAAGCAUCCCUUGGAGGAACUCUUCCCCAAGUAACAGUCGUAUUGCUCUUUCUUCAAUGGCAAGUUCAGCAGUUUUGGGGGAUUCUAGAGCAGACAUGCUCUGUAAAGCUGGCCUAAAUAAUUCAUACAGCCAUGUGGAUUCCCGGGUUUCUGCAAGUGGGUCUAUGAUGGACCAAAACAAUGCUGUUAGUAGUAACACAAAUGAUGUUUCUUUGUUCAGCCAUUUAAAUGGCGAGGCUCCUUUUGCUGUUAGGCACUCUGAGGGCGACAAAUCAUCGUCUGACACAGAUUUGAGGUCCAAUGACAACUUCCUCUUCCUGCAGUCAAAGCCACAGAACGGUUUCAGUCAAAAUAAUUUUGAAUCCUUGGAGGAUAUAAUGAGUCCCGUUUUCAAACUGGAGCAAAAUAAUGAGACUGCAUUCAUGGAUGGGGGAUUCGGAUUUGAUGUUGCAUACCCCCUUGGAUCGUGCAUGUGAUACAGUUGGUGCUGAUUCUCGGAUAAAAGAUGUGAAAAAGGCAUAAAGCAAUAAUCCUUUUCAUAGGAGUCUCUAUCAUUAUCUUAGUUUAUUCUCUGUUGCUCCAUUUUAUUUCUGCUUGAAAUUGAUGACAGCAUUCUCCUUUUUCAGAUUUCUCUCUUUAUGAAAUGGUACCUUUAGAAAAUUUGCAGUC